AAUAACUUCCCAAUAUUACCGGCCUAAAAUCAGAACCACCUUCACCUGUUUAUUCGGCCCAACUGCAAAGGAAAUUGGCCCAAAACUUUAGGCGGGAAUUUUUUCCUGCUGCUCUUGUAAAUAGGAGGAUUUUGACCUUUAAGGUCUGUACAGAGGGGGCCUCCGAUCUAUGACCAUUUGUUUUGCUUGGGAAAAGGGGUGUUUAAUAUGCUGUAAUGAAGUUUGAUGAAGGUUAUUGCAAUUGGAAGAUAUGAUUUGUAUCUUGGUUGCAGCCAUGGAAAUUGGAAAUUUCAUAUUUCUAAUUUCUAGUAUUUCAUUAAAUUGAAAUAGUAUUUGAAUUUUUUUGGUGUCCAUAUCCAAAUCUCUUGAACACUGAAUCUAUAGUAGAUGCGAGAGCUCCGGGAUUCAGAGGCCCUGUUGUAGUCAUUUAUGAGCAAGAUACAUUGAUUUGGGAAUGAGUGGGAAACAGCUCUAGACUUUGAAGCAAUGGAUCAUAGAUCUGUCUCGUCCAUCCAUAUGGGUGUUUCAUGACGACAAAGAUUUUGGUGCAUAAAUCAGAAACAUUUAGACAGGUCAUGAGGCCAAAAUGGUCACAUUAUUGUCAUAUGUCUCCACUAGUCACUAGCUAAUAUGGACAAAAGAGGGUUGUUGCAAGGAGCCGGCUGGUGCAUAUGAUGUGGUGGGUCUAAAAUUGAUGCCGAGGUCCCACCAGCAGGCGAAGCAUUGUACUUUGUACUGGGGAGUAAUUAAAGGUGAUGGAGCGGUCGUUAUUGGAUUCGGAGGCUGCUGCAUCUUUGUUUGCCCAGAAGAAGAAUGAAAAGGAACAUAGCUACCAUAUGGCUGUCGUACAGCCAUUUGAAGCAUGUAAUGGUAGUAAUAAUGUCCGGUACCCCCAACAGGAAAUCAAAGUCAGGAUUAUUUUCUGCCUCUUCACGGACAAUGCCAUGGGUUCAGAGUACCAUGACAUUGUCCGUGAAGAGGCAGAAAAUAAGCCUGACUUUAAUUUCCUGUUUGGGGGUACCGGACAUUAUUACUACCAUUACAUGCUUCAAAUGGCUGUACGACAGCCAUAUGGUAGCUAUGUUCCUUUCCAUUCUUCUUUUCGGCAAACAAAGAUGCAGCAGCCUCCGAAUCCAAUAACGACCGCUCCAUCACCGUUAAUUGCUCCCCAGUACAAUGCUUCGCCUAGUGGUGGUUUCCCGGCAUCAGUUUUAGGGCCACCUCAUCAUAUGCACUAGCCAGCUGCUUUCCCACCCUCUCAUGAUGAUCAGAAGCCUUUGUUGUCGUUUACACCUCCUGGUUAUGAUAACUACCAUUCUUCCAAUUCUAGACUUACAGGGUUUGACCGGGCACUGAGAUUAAAUUUUCCUAAUCAUA